CACUAUCAGAAAAAUGAGGCCAAGUUAUAAAAAUAAAAAUAAAAACUAAACCCAAUAAGCCCAUUAAGGCCCAUAAGUCAAUACAGCAAAAACAGCUCAUCUUUGCUAAAACGUAGAUUACUGAUUUAAUCUACCGGAAUCGAAAGGCAAUACCAAACUUCCGGUGAACCGGAAUCGGAUCCAUUUGACUUGCCGUAGAAAUUAGGAAAUUGAUUACAGUGUUCUUCGAGAAUGGAGAAGAAGGAGAUGGAGAAGUUGUGCCAAAGGUGCAAACAAAGCUACACAGAUCUUUCAAACGAAACUUCCUCUUGCCGUUUUCAUCCUUCCUUCUUCGUUUGUCGUCGUCACGAUGACCAGAAAAGGUACUAUGAAUUGAAACCAGAUGAUCCACCGUAUGCUGCCAAGUUCUAUGAUUGUUGCGGGGCAGAGGAUCCUAAUGCACCAGGUUGUGUCACAAACCCUCACAUUUCAUAUGAUGACUGAUGUAUGAGUGAGAGCUCUCAUAAGCCUUUUUUUUUCCAUAAAAACAUCAUGUAAAUAAUCUUAAAUUAUUGUAGCCUUCUUAGGAGUAAAAGACUUAGCUUGUGAUCUCUCUGCUGGGUACUGUCUUGAACCACUUCUUGCAUUGCACACAGCUACAGAGUGAGCUGUUGUGUUACAGCUUUUGUCGGUUUUGUGAAUAGGAGUGUCAGAAUCAUUUGACGUGAGAAAAUUCCGGAACGACUAACGAUUUUAUGUUUAUUUGUAAGGAAUGUUCUUGUUUCUAUGGUUGCUUUAAAAAGAGUCAAAACUUUAUAUUCUUUUUAUGAACACCAACAACAAAAAUCUAAAUCAGACAUAUAGGUUAAUUAACUAAUGCAAGUAAAUGUGGAAAAAUUUACAAAACAAAUUUCAGAAGAUCUAGAAGUAAU